AUGGAAAACCAAAACCAGAAAGUGUAUAUUAAUCCAAACUUCAAAAGAAGUGGUGCACAUUUAAACCAGCACUUCCCACUCAUUGUUCCUAAUAUAGUGCCUCAAAAUGCAAGAAAAAUAUUUGUUAAUCCUAAUUUUUUUCCUACAAAUAAAAGUAUCAGUUCUACAUUUCAAACAGUUCAACAAAAAAGCUCUGGACAGCAAACAAUAUCAAAAAGUUAUGUUCCUCACUGUACUCAAAAUUCUUCAUGCUCCAGCAGGAUAACGAAUGUGCAAAGUUUAACAUACCAGGUUGUUCCAAAUCAAAGUGUAUGUCACCAGCAAGGUUCUAAUAACUAUGAAAAUAUUAUUAACGAUUACAACAAGCCUUCGGUGCUCAAAAAAUACAAUGCAGUGUCUAGAACAAAGUCCAAGUACACCUUUAUACGAAAUAAAAACUUGGUACCCAUAAAACGAGCGGACAAUUUUAACGUAACUCAAGAUAUACAGAAACCAAAUCUAGUCCCUGACAUCACAGUUCCACUAACUACACUACCUGAAACGAAAUCGAGAUAUUGUUUAAUUAGAAAUAAACAGACCUGCGUAAAUACAAAUAGUGUUCAUUUGAAAAAGAAUACUAUCAAAGUGAGCAAAUAUAAAACGAUUACAAUUAGUACCUUUAAAAAGGAAUUAAAAAUACCCAAGCCAUUAACUAACAAAUUUUCUUACCCAUCACAAAAGACAAGGGUCCAGAUACAAAAGCAUGCACCUCUUAGAUCACCCUUACAAAGUAAAUACAAAUAUAAAAAUAUUGAGGGUAGUCACAAGUUUAAAGAUGAGACAAAAGAGUUUAAGCUAAAUUCAUCAAUUAAAAGAAAAAUUCUAAAUAGGCCACUUGUACUUGGCAAAUACAAACUUAAUAAUAUUCCAUGUCCUUUGUUUGUAAAAUAUGGUAAAUGCAUUAGAAAACUGAAAGCAAGAUGUAACUAUCUUCAUGAUAAGAAACAUGUGUCACUUUGCAGGAAAUUUAUCAAAGGUCUCUGCCAUGAUAAAAAUUGUUUGCUUUCUCAUGAGCUUUCCGACAAAAAGAUGCCAACAUGCUACUUUUAUUUGAGAGGAAUGUGUACUAAAGAAAAUUGCUCAUAUGUGCAUGUCAAAUUAAAUAACAAAACGAAAAUAUGCCGGGAUUUCUUAAGAGGCUACUGUGAAAAGGGGGAAAAUUGUCUAGAAAGACAUGUACUACCUUCUUUUAUUAAUAAAAAGAAAAAACUUAAAGAAAAUCAAUUAAAAACGCCAUCAAAGGUUACAACUAAAUUAAAGAGGAGUCUAAGAAUAUCAAGUACACCAAAGGAAGAAAAGUGUACUAAUCAGAAUGAUUCCGAUAAAAGAUAUUAUAAAGAUAGUGUGAAUGAUAAUGAAGAAUGUGAAACAAUCAAGCCCGUAAGAUGUAAAUUAGGUACACUGCCAUCUUAUAUCCAGCUGCAGUAACAGAUCAUGAAAAUUACGAGUGCUUAGAGGAGGUAUUUCCUCUUUUGUUUUUAUUCUAGCUCUCUAAAUGGCAAUAAACUUUAAAAACAAUAUCAAGACACAAAGUUGCAUAAUUAUUGGAUUAUUGGGUAUGUUUAUUUGCAACUAACAUUUUAUAAGAAGUUUCGUUAUUUGGCCAUAUUAUCUUUCCAUCAAGAUAUUGUCUUGUAGAUAUGAUAUUGUACAGUUUACAUAUACGAAUAAAAUUUUUUUUAAA